GAGCCGAGUAACAGCGGCGACUGUGGGUCGAUCUACUCAAUAUCAAAGAAGAUGGCUUCUCAAAACUGUGAUACUCGUCUACCGUUCCUCUGCAUCUCAGACAAUAUGGUCCUGGUAAAGGAGAACAAGAACUGGGAGGAGGCGCUGGAACACUGCAGAGGCCUACGUUCAUCCACAAACAAUGUUCGCUACGAUCUCCUCAGCCUGCAGCCUGAAGACCAACAGGACCUCAUUAUGAACAAGGUCAUGCAGGCUGACACUGACGAGGUGUGGACCGGCCUGUGUUUCCUGGCCGGUGAGUGGCUGUGGGUGAACGGAGCAGAUAUGCUGCACACCGACCUGCCUCUCUGCCCCGCCCCACGUCAACAUUGUGGGAUCUUAUCCAAGAACAGCACUGGUGGCAUGGAGGCUAGAGACUGUUCAGAGAGAAAAAACUUCAUCUGUUACAGCUACACCACCUGAAUAAAAUAAUCCAACAUCUGAUACUAUAGCCACAUUAUAUUUGAAAUGUUAAUGUUUACCUAAAUGUCUUUAGAAUAUUUGAAGUAUCAGUUUUCUGUAAUGGAAAUAAAACUGAUAUUUAAGUGUACUCAGUACCAAAUAUCUUAUGUUAUAUUUAAUUUACUUUAUGUGUAAGCAAUAUUCAUUUCUGCUUAGAAAACUGUUUCAUUUUAGUUGGUGAACUGUUUUAUUCAUCUUUGUGCAGUAAUUUAGUAUUUAAUGAACAUCUAUGGUUUCUUCUGUUUGUAAAAUGGCUUAUUGUAUCGCACAGUAACUAGAAUUCACCUUCUUUGGUUUCAUUUCAAAAGCCAAACCCAGGCCUGAAAACACCCAGACCCCAUUGAUCCAGCAAUUACUCGAAUAGAACCUGUAAAGC